AUGGAUUCGGAAGACGGGGAGUUGUUCAUCAAGCAACUGGCCAGCUUUGUGCGCACGCACGAAAAGGCUCUCGCCAACGCCUUGCAAUUCCGAAGACAGGCAGCCUCUCGCCAUGGCGCCUCUCAGAGUGUCAGCUCCAUCGCCUCGAUUCCCACACCGCAGUCCCCGGUCGUCCCUGAACGGCCUUCGACUUCGGCUUCGACCUCGAGCGGCCUCGCAUCCGCCCUUUCUCUCGGCACUUUGAACUUUACUUCGCACAACGUCAAGUCAGCGAAGCUGGCUCUGACGCCACACCAUCUUUUUUACCUACUUUCUCGAUUCGAAGAACUCGCCAUUCCCGUUGGCCCCAUGAAAAUUCGCCUCGAGAACCUACACGAUAGUUCUACCGCUGCCAAUUACGUCUCCUUCUUGAGCAACACCCAGCGAUCCCGAAGCAGAGGCUCCGAUGUUGGCUCCAUACACUCCGUGUCCAGCGUCCGAAGCGUCAUGUCGGGCAUGUCGGCUCUUUGGACGAGCUUCGGCAUCGGUGCCAGCAUCUCGGCUGCGCGAACCGAGCGACAAAAGGCUGCCAUCCAAGCCGACCUGAAAUACCUUUACUCGGCCUUUACCAAGAUUCCCUGCCUGCGACUUGCGCCCGAUUGGCGCGCCCGGCUGAUCCGUGGCUACGAAGAAUUCCCAUUCGAUUCGGCUGUCCCGCUGUACGUCUUCAAGAAUUUGCAAGCCCUCGAAGUGAGCAGCAUCGACUUUAGACAAUUCUUUGGCUGGGAUCGCUUGGCCGAGCAGCUGAGGUCGCUGACGCUCAAGCGCGCCGGCGUGGAGGACCCCGCGGAUAUCCUCAUUGACAUUGUGCUUGACGAUAUGGACAAGAGACGCAGGAGGACCUCGAAGCAACAAUCCUCACCCACCACGCCUUGGCCCGCGAGCUCCAGCCCUCGCAGGAGUCCCGUCAUCCCGCACGCCGAGCUUCACAAGUCGACCUCGGUGCCCUGCUCUCCGGAACCGCGCCACUCCACCGGUGACUUGGGCAUCGGCUCCAUGAACAUACAUGACCAUGCCGUUGACGAGAUCCCCGGCGAAGGCAGACGGCCCUCCCUGGCUAGAACUGAGACGUUUGAAGCCAUGUCACCACCCAAGGGAUCAAGACCGCGCAGCAACUCGCCCACUCGUCCCGCCAGCUCCCGCAACCCCUCGCACAUGAGGGGCGGACACAAGGUCCGCCGCUCUGGCUCUGGUAGCUCGCAUUCCAGCCUCUCAGACUCGUGGCACCACAGCCGCGUUGGAAGUUCGUCGAACCUUCUCAACAUGGGCGUUCUGCCAGCAUCCAAGUGGCGAUUCCUGAAGCACCUCAGUUUAGCCGACAACUCGAUGACUUCGAUUCCUGCUACUAGCUUGGUGCCCCUUGCAAACACGCUUCACUCGCUGGACUUGUCGUCAAACCUGUUUACUCAGAUUCCCGACAGUCUGGCCACACUCACCGCGCUCCGCGCUCUCAACCUCUCACAUUGCAUGAUUGACGGGCUCCACUCCCUGACGCGCAAUCCUCUCCCGGCUAUCUCGGCCCUCAACCUCCGAGCCAACCGAUUGCAAUCAAUCGCCGGCGUGGAGAAGUUGUAUCCCCUGGAGCGAUUGGACCUUCGAGACAACCGCUUGUCGGAUCCCUUGGAGCUUGCCAGACUGACCGGGAUCCCCGACAUCCGGGAGAUCUGGGUCGAGGGCAACCCCUUCACCCGCACUCACAAGGACUACCGCAUCACCAUCUUCAACCUCUUCCGCAAGACGCCGGGCUACACUGAGGACAUUGUCAUCGACAACAGCGGCCCAACCUACUCGGAGAGGAGAUACUUGGUGGAGCGUACGCCGGUGCCAGCUGCUGUACCGGUCGUCAAGCCUGCUCCCACCGUCAUUCCUGCCGUUGACGUGAGCAAGCCAGCUAUCAUCUACGAUAUCCCGAAGGAGUCGUCCGUUCUCCGCAAGGAGCGGCCUGUCCCGAAGGCUGUCACUAGCGAAGUCAACACUAGCUCCACUCGUCGUCGAAAGACACCCAAGCGGCGAAUCGUGGACCUGUCGACCACAGAUGCAUCCGUUAGUGUGACGCCCGGUGUCAUGCAGGCGGCUUCUGGGAACGUUAAGGUUCUCGCCGCCGAUGCCACGGUGACUGCAGCGGGUUCGGACAGCAACUACCGCAUCUCCUUGGCCCCAGAGAUCCCUCCCUUGCCAUCGGCUAUGCUCUCCGAUAGCCGGAAAUCCAACUCUCAGCCCGAGGUGCCCCGCAUAGAUACCAGCGUGGUUCCCGAGCUCCCACCCAUCUACACAACCCGUGAGGCCCCGCCAGACUCUCAGGACUGGGAUGUCAGCGGGGAGAUAUACCGCCGGAAGAUCGAGGCAUUGCGGGACAAGGUUGGAAAUGGUUACCUCAGUGUGCUCAGUGAGGAGGGCUGGGAUCCCUCCCGCCCGCCAACAUACUCGGUACCAGACUUCAGCCCAGCCUCGACUGUUCGACCUAGUCCCACAACCCCUCGGACUACCUCACACCACCCUCCGGCCAUCCACAGUGGCCGCACCCUUGGUUAA